CACACGCUUGACUUCUGCUCUGCACCUACGACCAACUCAGCCCGUUCAACCAGCGCUCUGCAUCCCCACCAGCCACCUGCAAUUACUCCGGAGUGCAUUCAUUCUCAUGUACCAAUAAUUUGACGGCACAGCUGGGCGCUGAUGAGUGCCGACGUGGUCGAGCCUUACUCUGACACUGCGCCUGGUCUUUUCAAUGACCGCCACCAAGGCCGCCGCUCCUCUGUCUGUCCUUCCGUCUCAUAAAUUCGAGAUGGAGGAUCGCAAGCGGUCGCUGGCUGUCGACGCCGAGGAUGUUGCUCCCAGUCGGAAGCGGGUCAAGGACGAGAAUGGCGCAACCAUGCGCAUGUCUGAUGAAAAGGAGAAAGAGGUUGAAGACUACCAAAAGGAUGCCAUCAUGCGCCAGAUGAAGGAGUACAAGCGCCAGAAGAAAGACGCCGAUGAGCGCCUGGCCGAACUCCAGCAACGCUCGAAGUACCACGAUGAGCACCUGCGCGCAAUCGAUGGCUGGUUCGCCCAGCUCCUCGAUGAAGUCCGCGUCCUCGCCUUAGAAACCCUCCCGACUCCUCCACCUAGCGCUACUUCCUCGACCGGACAAGAGCUGUACAACUCGGCAUUGUUAUUUGAGGACAGCCCGACAUUCUCUGAACAUCUCAAAGCCAGAACCGAUAGCAUCAAGUCCGCCAUAUCAGAUCUCUUUGGCCGCAUCCCCUUAGCCUCACCUGAAGCUGAAGUCCUGAGGAAGCAGCUCAAUGAGUUGCUUGCUAAGGAGAAGGAGCAUGCUGCCGAGCUCAGGAGGACUAUUGAUGAGAAGGACUCCCUUUAUCAGCGUCUUGAACAGGCUAUGGAGCGUUACAUGCUCGCUGAAAGAAAGCUUGACAGGGCGAAGAGCUUACAGGUCUUGAAGUUGGAGAAGCAAGCCACGCUGGGCGGAAAUGCUGAUGCCACUAAUGGGGAACUUGAAAAUGGCGUUGCUACCGCUGAGGCCGAGACCCAACGUAGAGAGGCUUUGGCAGCUGCAGAACAGCAGAAAGCACAGCUUGAGGAGAUCGAAGUCGAAAACGAGAGAUUGACCAAUGAGCUGAGCGCCGCCAGGACCAAACUUGCUAGCCUUUCGGAUGACGACUAUGCUGAGACCUCGCUGUUCAAGACGCUGAAAUCUCAGCAUGAGAAUGUGAUCAAGCGCAUCAAUGAUCUGGAGGCGACUAAUAUGCAGCUGCGGGAGGAGACGCAGAAAUUUGCUGCGGAACGCACCUCAUACCGCUCCUUGUUGGACGAGGAGAGCCGCCAGCAGACAAGUGAGACUGAAUCCGCAAAUGCGCGCGCAGAGACCGACCUUGCACGUAUUAGACACACUCGAGAUCAGCUGCAGUCUGAUCUAGCAAUACUGAAGUCGAGUGAGGAGAGCACGCGAGUCUCGGCGGCACAAGCGAAAGAGCUUGCGGAAGCUCGAGAAAUGAGAAUUGCAGCUCUAGAAUCACAGGUCCAGCGACUUGAGCUGCAAUUGGGAGAAUCCGAUGCCACUGCGAUGGACGUGGAUGAGAUGGACGUUGAUGCAUUAAAGGCGAAAUUACGGACUCUCGAAAGCCAAUACUCACUACUCAGCAACGAAUUGCCCUCCAUGGAGUCAGCCUGGAAGAAAACACAAGCUCUUGCCUCCAAGAAGAUUGAGGAGAUUUCAGGCUGGGAAGAGACUAUUGGUCGCUUGAACGCCGAGAAGGCGAAGGCUGAUCAGAAGUACUUCGCUGCGAUGAAAGCGAAGGACAUGCGUGAGAACGAGUUGCGAACGCUCAAGUCGCAAAAUGCGCGCUCGGGCGAGAUCGUGACGCAGCUGAAAGACGCCGAAGCAAAGACCAAAGAACUUUGUGCGAAUCACGAACGCCAGCUUGCGGACGCGAAGGAAGCUUUGGCCAAGAUUGAGCACCAAUACCGGAUCAACGAGCAGAAGCUGAAGGAAUCCACUCUUUCCGCCGAAGGACUUAAGAAGUCCGUCGAGGAGCUCAAAUCACUGAUCAGCACCAAGGACAAGGACAACUUGGCCACGGCAAAGGCGAAGCGACAAGCCGAAGAGGAUCUUGCACGUUGCAAGACGAAGCUGGAGGACUCGAAGAAGCAGUACGACACUCUUAAGAAAAGCAAGACUGCCAUUUCGCAGACGAGCGCAGACGACUGGCGAAGAGUCGCGAUUUGUCCUGUCUGCAACAACAACCUGCGCAACACAGUCCUCAAGCUUUGCGGCCACGUAUUCUGCGACGGAUGCAUCAAGGAGCUCAUUUCUAAUCGCAAUCGAAAGUGCCCAAGCUGUAGCAAAGGCUUUGGCUCAAACGAUCACAUGCAUAUUACGUUGACAUGAGCAAGGUUUGAGGGCCAGGGCUGGCCAUGGAGAUCUCAUAGAUGUUCACUGGCUGCACUCAGCACCCAUCGAGGACCACCACUCGUUCGACGCGAAGGCAAAUCUUGGAUUCCUACGACGAGAUACCCCUCUUGGAAUCAGCGCGAACAGCAUAGCGCCGAGAUGCGCGGAAGUAGGUGGAAUGCUGCCAUACCGAGCAGCAAGUCUGGGGUGGCAGAAGCAGUGUCUUUCUUUCGGCUGGAGCAUGAAUUCAGGCACGCCGAGGUGUAGAACUAGUCGGUAGCAAGUUGCGUAAUGGUCAGAACUGGCUUUUCAAUGAACGAGGAGAAGGAGGAUGAUAAUGAAACCAGAAAAUGAAGAACCACCCAACACUCUCCUC